AAAGAGAAACUCAGGCAAGCAGUUCUCUCUCUCUUACUCUUUCUCUCUUUCUCUCUCUCUGGCGCAUUGUCUUGUUCUGCCUCAGAAUCUCGUCUCACUUCCACGCAUUAAAGCAUUGUCUCUCUUUCUCUCUCUUUCCAGUCGUUGUGGGUGUUUUCAUAUUUCUUUGGUUUCUACUUCUUUGCGCCUUAAAGACUUCCAUAUAGUGCAUUUAGUAGCUCCACAAGAGAAAAGCAAGAAAACCCAUUUGCUGCUUGGUUGAGCUCUUGAGGUUAUUUUUAUUCUUGUUCCAAAGCCCAAUAUAGAGAAAGCCCAGGAGUUGGGGUGGGGACUGAGGAGAAUCCUCUGCUAAUGAGGUUCUAUUCCUUGUAUUUAUGACAUCUUGGGUUUGUUUUAAGCAAAACCCAGAAAUCCAGAAAUAGCAGAGAAUACUAGGAGAACUGUAUGAAGUGGUAGUGAAACAAUGAGAGAUGGGAAUUCCAAGAAAAGCAAGCUCUCAUGGUCAAAGAAAAUGGUCAGGAAGUGGUUCAAUAUCAAGAGCAAGACUGAGGAUUUUCAGGCAGAUGAUGUUAAUCACGGUGGGAUUCCUUUAUCAGGAGGUGAUAUGGAAUAUAGGAGUAGCUUCUCAGAGAGGGAGCCAUGCACAAUCAAAAAAAGCAAAACAGAAAAAUUUAGCCGAAACACAGAGCAGGUCCGGCGAGGAAGAAUGAAUCUUGACCACCCUCGGAUUAUAGAUGUGCAGAACUAUAGCAUAUUCGUAGCUUCAUGGAAUGUGGCUGGAAGAUCCCCACCAAGUAAUUUGAAUCUAGACGACUGGCUUCAUGCCUCACCUCCUGCUGACAUUUAUGUUCUGGGAUUUCAAGAAAUUGUUCCACUGAAUGCUGGGAAUGUUCUGGGCGCAGAAGACAAUGGUCCUGCCAAAAAAUGGCUUGCUCUCAUUCGAAAGACUCUAAACAAUCUUCCUGGGACCAGUGGAGCUAGUGGAUGCUAUACACCAUCUCCCAUUCCUGAGCCAGUUAUAGAAAUAAAUGCUGAUUUUGAGGGAUCGGCUAGGCAGAAGAACUCGUCUUUCUUCCACCGCCGAUCAUUUCAGACAACCCACAGCUGGAGAAUGGACAAUGACCCUUCAAUUCCACAACCGCGACUUGAUCGGCGAUUCAGUGUUUGUGAUAGAGUAAUCUUUGGCCACAGGCCAAGUGACUAUGAUCCCAAUUUUAGAUGGGGUCACAGGCCAAGUGACUAUUCCAGGCCAAGUGACUAUUCCAGGCCUAGUGACUAUUCCAGAUGGGGUUCAUCUGAUGAUGAUAACGGGCCAGGGGAUUCACCAAGUACUGUGCUAUAUUCACCAAUGUCCUUUGGUGGAUCUGCUUCCACUGAAGAUGGAUAUAGAAUGCCAGGCCGUUCAAGGUACUGCUUAGUUGCAAGUAAACAAAUGGUUGGCAUAUUUCUCACAAUAUGGGUGAGAAGUGAAUUGAGGGAUUCUGUUCAGAACAUGAAAGUAUCUUGUGUUGGCAGAGGAUUGAUGGGUUACCUCGGAAAUAAGGGAUCAAUUUCGGUCAGCAUGUCUUUACACCAAACAACUUUUUGCUUCAUCUGUAGUCAUCUAACCUCAGGACAGAAGGAUGGUGAUGAGCUAAGAAGGAACUCUGAUGUCAUGGAGAUCCUUAGGAAGACUAGGUUUCCACGGGUUCAUGGCUCUGGCGAUGGGAAAUCCCCAGAAACAAUCCUUGAGCAUGAUCGAAUUAUUUGGCUUGGGGAUCUGAAUUAUCGUAUUGCCCUCUCUUACCGCUCUGCUAAGGCGCUUGUUGAGAUGCAAAACUGGAGGGCAUUGUUAGAGAAUGAUCAGUUACGUAGAGAGCAGAGACAAGGUCGUGUUUUUGUGGGAUGGAACGAAGGGAAGAUUUAUUUUCCCCCAACUUACAAGUAUUCAACUAAUUCAGACAGAUAUGCAGGGGAUGAUAUGCACCCAAAGGAGAAACGUAGAACACCUGCUUGGUGUGAUCGAAUUCUGUGGUAUGGAGAAGGCCUUCAGCAAUUAUCUUAUGUUCGUGGGGAAUCUAGAUUUUCGGAUCAUAGACCCGUCUACGGAAUAUUUUGGGCUGAGGUUGAGUCAAGCCAUAACCGAUUGAGGAAAAGCAUGAGUUAUUCUAGUUCCAGGAUUGAGGCAGAGGAGUUUCUGCCUUAUUCACAUGGAUAUACUGAGCUAAACUUUUUCUAAAGUGAAGGAGAAUAAGUACGAUCCACACUGAUCCGCACUCGACAUUUGGUCCCCAGUUGCAGGCGGGAAUCUCUUUGAAGCAACUCGUCCUUGAAGGGUGAUGGAGACAUUCCGUUGCCCACAAACCGAAAAAGGUGUUAAUUUUGUAUUUCCUUGCCAUUGCCAACACAUUGUAUCUUUGAUCAUCACAUCUUCUUAGCUAACAACACACCAGUUCAGUAUGUUGCAUAAUUUUGUUAACCGAUUAACAAGCACCUUUUCUGGCAUCUCAUAGUUCCGUACGAGCAUGUGCAGUGCUGCAUAAUGAUGAUGAACUCGACCAAUCAAGAAGUGCCAAGUGGGUCGAUGACGAUUUUUUUAUUCAUGAUUCUUUAAUUUGUUUAGAGAGUACAUAGAUGAUGACUGAAUGACAUUGAAAGAUGGUCAAAAUAAUCAUCCGGGUUCUAACUUUUUGUUUUAAAUGCAAAGAGAAGUAAAAGAAAGAUUCGAUGGAUACUCAUUGCCAAAAGUGAUGGAGAAAAUGUAGAGAAAAAGAAAAAAGAAAUGAAGUUGAUGAUAGAAAUCAGAAAACCUCUUCUGCUCUCUCUGUUGUCGUUAAUGAUUCUACUGAAAAAGGUGGGUUUUCUUGAGAGUCUCCCACCUCCACUGCUGUUUGCUUUUAUUUUUACUGUUACAUGUUUUACAGAAUACAAAAGCACAAGACAGAUUCCCAGCUUUGCCAGA